AUGUCUGACAAUGUUGCUCAUGCGUUGAGUGGUGCGGGUGGAGGCAUUAUAGCAAUGACCUUGACCUACCCCUUGGUGACAGUAAGUUCUCGUUUGCAAGUACAAAAAAGUUACGAAGGUGCUAACGCAUAUCAGGGUAGUGUAGAUACUUUCGCAAAAAUUCUCAAAAAUGAAGGCAUACGUGGUUUGUACUCUGGAAUGACCUCUGCCAUAUUCGGUAUUGCAGCAACAAAUGGUGUAUAUUAUUAUUUCUAUGAGCUAACAAAGGCGUUUUUCGAGAAAUCGGUGACAAUCAAGCGCGAUAUAAGUACUGUUGAAUCAAUGAUUGCUGGUGCUUUGGCUGGUUGUGUCACAGUGAUAUUUACUAAUCCUAUAUGGGUCGUAAAUACGCGUAUGACCACACGUAAACAAUCGUUUGAUGAUUGCGACGAAUCAGAAGAAGAAUCAACAAUUCCUAAAAGACUUGGAACUCUAGCUACCAUUUUAAAAAUUCUCGAAAAGGAUGGAUUUAGCGCGUUCUGGGCAGGUGUCAUGCCUGCUUUCAUCUUGGUUGCUAAUCCGAUUAUUCAAUACACCGUGUUUGAACAAUUAAAAGCGCGAUUACAAAAAACAAAGAAACUAGGAAAUCUGGAUUUCUUUUUGUUGGGUGCUUUAAGCAAACUCGUAGCGACUGUAAUCACAUAUCCAUAUAUGCAAUCACAUGACUCGAAUACGCGGUACGAUUCUACGUUAGACGGAAUUCGUAAAAUAUUAUAUCAUGAGGGGAUUAAAGGUCUAUACAAAGGAGUUAAUUCAAAAUUGAUCCAAUCUGUUUUGACUGCUGCAUUCUUAUUGGAUCGUCUGGUUCUGCUCUUGGAUACCGGGUCCACCCCAGCUGUACGGUUAACUGCGGCUCAACAGUUGGGCGAGAUUCAAAAACAACAUCCUGGAGAGUUGUAUAAUUUGUUGUCAAGGGUAGUUGUCCAUUUGAGAAGUAAAAAUUGGGAGACCCGUAUCGCUGCAGGACAAGCAAUUGAAGCAAUUGCUAAUAAUUUACCACAAUGGGAUCCUCCCGAACCUGCCAGAACCGAAUUUGAGCCCGUAAAUUCUAAUAAAUUUGCACUUGAAAACAAAUAUUCUUUUGAUAAUUUUGAUAUUGCCAAUGUGCUGCAAGGUGGAAAAUUGCUUUUGGGCUCAGCUGGGAAGGAAUAUGAUUUCGAUUUAAGUGACUUGGAUCCAGCCGAGCGCUUAGCUCUACAACGUAAGAACUUGAGUGAACGAUUAGGAUUAGGUAGUCAAUUCAUGGAUGUUGACCUUUUUGACGAAACUGAUAUUGCUGGCAGUAGUGAUGCUGAUUUGUCUGGAUUGAGUGCAAGAGAGAUAAACAAAUUAAAGAGGAAAGCGAAAAAGGACGCUAAAGACAAGGGGAAGGAUAAGGUACGUGUCGUAGCCAUUGAUCGAAGAAGACCAAGUAUCCAAGAAACUAAUAUACCGAUAGCGACACCUGCUGCCGAAUCAAUUUCACCAUCAGGCGUUAAAAUCGAAGACGCGAUUAAACCAGAAGGAUAUUUCAAUUUCACGCCACAGCCAUGUUCAGAUAAAAUUGUGGUUGAGGCAAAAAAAAAAAGCGGAUUAAAUGUUUUGGAGGCACAAUCAAAUGGAUGGCCUUUUGAAGGCGUUUGUGAAUUGCUUUGUAUGGAUUUAUUUGAUUCUUGUUGGGAAAUUCGCCAUGGUGCCGGCAUUGGACUAAGAGAAAUCCUUAAAGUGCAUGGACACGGUGCAGGACGUGUUGUUGGGCUAAACAAAAACGAGAAUGAUGAAAGACACUACAAAUGGCUGGAAGAUGCAGCCAUUCGUUUACUUUGUGUCUUCUCUUUAGAUAGAUUUGGUGACUUUGUUUCCGAUCAAGUAGUCGCACCAGUACGCGAGACUUGUUCUCAGACAUUAGGCGCCUUACUACGCUACAUGUCGCCACAAGGAGUCAAAAACGUCCACGAAAUACUUUUACGUCUGAUUUAUCAAUCAGACUUUUCGCAAAAUAUUUCAUCGAUUUGGGAAGUUCGACAUGCUGGCAUGCUAGGUUUGAAAUAUGCCGUUGCAGUCAGAAAAGAUUUAGUGGAGAUGAUAUUGGAAGGGACUGUUGGUGCUGUAGUGCUUGGAUUGAAAGACGCAGACGACGACGUGCGUGCUGUAGCCGCCUCAAUCUUAUUACCUAUCGCAGAUUCUUUUAUAAAACUUUCGUCACAUAACAUACCUGAAGUAGUUACCGUGCUUUGGGAUUGUCUUAAAGAUCUAAAAGAUGACCUGACAGCAUCCACGGCCAAUGUUAUGGAUCUUUUGGCAAGACUAUUUUCUUUCCCAAGUGUUUUGGAUUACAUGAAAAAUGCUGCCGUUUCAGAUCCAAGUCAUUCGCUAAAGACUUUGAUUCCUCGGUUGUAUCCAUUCUUUCGACAUACAAUUACCUCAGUACGUACAGCCGUUUUGAACACGCUAUUGACGUUUCUCGGAAUGGAGGGUGUCGACGAAUGGGUGGACGACCAAGUCUUUAGACUUGUAUUUCAAAAUAUGAUUGUUGAGGAAAAAAAAGAUGUGCUUGAUUUAUCUCUACAACUCUGGUCCAAACUAGUGAAUCAUGCUACACCAAACGACGAAAGCAGUAAGAUCACACUCCACACUGCACCUCAUAUUCGCAAUUGGUUUUCGAUUAUUAUGACUCCUCUAGGCACUCCACUUCCGCAACGUCUGUUUUUCAUUCCGGAUGGGUCUACCGUAUCACCGACAACUCCAACAGCAGCCUCCGUAUCCACUCAAGCCGGACGUCGAUCGCGUGGUCCUAAACGAAUUGAAGAAAGUAAUGGAAAUUCCUCGUCGAUUGGCCAUAAUGUUGACACGGGAAUGUUGCAACAAGAUUUUGCACUUGUUAGUGUGGAAUCUGUUGUGAGGGGUAGAGUGACUGCUUCUAAAGGGCUGGGUCUACUGAUUAGUAAAUGGCCACAAGAAUAUUUGGAAGCAACCUUCAAGGAUAUUAUUUUAUCGUUUCUUUCAUCGGUUUUAGCCUCGAAUAGGCAAUUAUCAUCCGUAAUUAUCGAAGAGUGGGCUCGAGCCGCUUUCGGAAAUAUCGCAUCCGAGCACGAUGUUUCAAUUGCUGCUUCUCCACUUUCAUCCUGUCUUACGUCAACUUUGAUUUCAAUUUUGGAAUCAGAACCUCCCGUUUUCUAUGCUGAACUUUUGCCUAUUAUUCGUCGAAUUCGCGGUGAAUGCCAAGCAUUAUUAAAUAGCUUUGUUUCAGAAGCGAACAUCUCCUUAGAUUUGAUACCAGCUUUGCCGACUAAUGUUCUCGGUGAACCAGGAAAUGCCGACAAUUCAUGCUUUUGCGUAGAAACAGCUGGACACAUUGCUUCAGAUAUAUUUGACCAAUUAUCUGCGAAUAUUCACAAGAGUCGCAAAUCCAUUAUCGAGACAUUGGAUGAUCGUAAAUGUCGUGUGUUAUCAUCAAUUGGAUUUUACGAGUCCUCCAAACAGAAACUAGACACCAAUGUAUAUGCUGCAAUAUCGGGAGCAGUUGUUGCAUUACGCGUGUUGCCGCCAAAACUUAAUCCUGUUAUUCGAUCGAUAAUGAACUCUAUCAAAACUGAAGAGAAUAGUGAACUUCAAGAACGUUCGGCUGCAACAUUAGCAAGCCUUGUUGCUCUUUGUUCAUCCGACAAAAAUUCUGGAAGGGUCAAUCCUAAUGACAAGAUAGCGAAAAAUUUGUGUGCGUUUCUUUGUCAGGAUCAGUCGACUACGCCUGUGUUGCAAAACAAUCGUAGUAAAGAGGGAAUAUUAUCAUUGCAGAAGGCUAAAGAAAAUAACCUGGAUACUAAUAAAGAAGAAGAUUCGAAGACUCAAAAAUUGGUCAGACGUGGCGCUGAAACUGCAUUACGACAAUUUGCUACUCAGUUUGGACCGGAUCUUUUUCAAGUUGUGCCAAAACUGUGGAAUUGUAUUCAUUCUAGCUUAUACUCCGUUUUUGUUAAAGGUAAUGGAGAAGAAAAGAGUGAAGAAGAGAUAAACUCGAGAUUAAAUUCAAAUGAAUCUGGACAAGAUGUUAUUGAUUCUCUUCAAGUUUUACAAAUAUUAACGCCAGUAGUUCACGAAUCUUUGUACUCAAAAAUAACAGAAUUAUUGCCGCAAAUUGUUAAAGCUGUCCAAUGCAAAUAUUCUGUUAUUCGAUAUGUAGCAGCUCGGUGCUUUGCUACCAUAGCCAACGUAAUCACUAUCCCAAGCAUGCAAAUAGUUAUCGACCAAGUAAUACCAUUGCUGGGUGACUCUCAAAGUGUAAUUCAUCGACAAGGAGCUGCUGAACUUAUAUACCAUGUUGUGCAAACGAUGGACGCCAAAAUAUUGCCAUAUGUUAUAUUCAUGAUAGUUCCAGUGCUAGGACGUAUGAGCGAUGCGGAUGAAAGCGUAAGAUUGGUCACUACCAAUUGCUUUGCCAUGUUGAUCAAAUUGGUUCCUUUAGAGGCAGGAAUUCCUAAUCCUCCUGGUCUCUCGCCCAAAUUAUUACAACAUCGAGAAGAUGAACGUCGAUUCCUUGCACAGCUUUUAGAUAGCCGCAAACUGGAUCCAUAUGAAAUUCCGGUGGCUAUAAAUGCUGAACUAAGGAAAUAUCAACAAGAGGGAAUCAAUUGGUUGGCAUUCUUGAGCAAAUACCAAUUACAUGGCAUAUUAUGUGAUGACAUGGGUCUGGGUAAGACUUUGCAGUCUAUUUGUAUUUUGUCCGGUGAUCAUUAUACACGAGCGAUGAAAUAUAAAAAGGCCAAAAGUCCAGAUUGUGCACAUGCUCCUUCGUUGGUUGUUUGCCCUCCUACACUUACUGGACAUUGGUAUCAUGAAAUAUUGCACUAUACCGAUUCAUUGAAACCAUUGUCGUAUAUUGGAGGACCAAAGGAACGAGAAAAACUUCGUCCGAAAAUUCUUGAGCACGACGUGAUUAUAAUGUCAUAUGAUAUCGUUCGUAAUGACAUCGAAGAACUUUCCAACAUAAAUUGGAACUAUUGCAUUCUUGACGAAGGUCAUGUUAUCAAAAACGGGCGAACGAAAAUAACAAAGGCAGUAAAGUCGGUUAAGGCAAACCACCGCUUAAUCUUAUCGGGUACUCCAAUUCAGAAUAAUGUACUCGAACUUUGGUCCCUGUUCGAUUUCUUAAUGCCUGGAUUUUUAGGAACUGAAAAACAAUUUAAUGAACGAUUUGGGAAACCAAUUCUGUCCAGUCGGGAUAGUAAGAGUUCGUCCAAAGAACAAGAAGCUGGUGCUUUGGCCCUCGAAGCACUACACAAACAAGUGCUUCCGUUUUUAUUACGAAGAUUAAAAGAAGAUGUAUUAAAUGAUUUACCACCAAAAAUCAUACAAGAUUAUUAUUGCGAACUAAGUGACCUGCAGAAACAAUUGUACGAGCAAUUCGCUAAAUCACAGGCUAAAAAUAACGUCGAAGCAGAACUUGAAUCUGAAUCUGAAGUUGUGGAAGAAAAAGAACCCAAGAAAACAACACACAUUUUCCAAGCAUUACAGUAUCUACGGAAAUUAUGUAAUCAUCCACUACUAGUCGUGAAUGAUAAACAUCCUCAAUAUAAUUCAGUUAUGGAACGACUGAAGAAAAAACAGUCAUCCCUGCACGAUCUUCAGAAUGCUCCAAAGCUUUUAGCGUUAAAACAACUUUUGCUUGAUUGUGGUAUUGGAAUAUCACCAGAAACAGAAAACAAUCCUGUUGUCGAAGGUGCUGUUAGCCAACAUCGUGCUCUUAUAUUCUGUCAGCUAAAGACCAUGCUUGACAUCAUUGAAACCGAUCUGUUCAGACCAUUCAUGCCUAGCGUUAGUUAUAUGCGUCUCGAUGGCUCUGUUGAUGCAAAUAAGCGUCACGGUAUCGUCCAAAAGUUUAAUCAAGACCCGUCUUAUGAUGUCUUAUUGUUAACUACACACGUUGGAGGGCUUGGUCUUAAUUUAACUGGGGCAGAUACUGUUAUUUUUGUGGAGCAUGAUUGGAAUCCAAUGAAAGAUUUACAGGCCAUGGACAGAGCACAUCGUAUUGGACAGAAAAAAGUGGUUAAUGUUUAUAGAUUGAUAACGCGUGGCACUUUGGAAGAAAAGAUCAUGGGUCUUCAAAAAUUUAAACUUAACAUUGCCAACUCUAUCGUCAAUCAACAAAAUUCCGGUCUUCAGAGUAUGGACACUGAUCAGAUUCUUGAUUUAUUCAAUGUAACAUCUCACGAUACCAAAUCCGGCACAAGUGUCGAAAAAGCUAGUAACGCUACCACGAGUUCUGCUAGUUCUACUGGUGGUGGUGCAUACAGUGUCAUGGGUGGUGGGUCAAAAGGAAAAAAGGUUUCCACUAAAAAUGUGCUCGAAAAUUUGGAGAACUUAUGGGAGGAUACACAGUACGAGGAUCUUAAUUUAGAUAACUUUAUAGAGUCUUUGAAUACGGGAGGAGGCUCUAAGAGUUGA